AUGCCAUUGUCUGAAAAAGUUUUAGAACUUAGGUUUAUGCAAAGACAACAAGAAAAGGCAUUACGUGAAAAGGUUGAAAGAGAACGAAACAAAGCAAUUGGAGAAUCACAGUGGACAGCAUUAUAUGAUGAAUUGGAUGUUAGGGAGCCUGACAAUGAUGAUGAAGAUGUUUCUUUUCCUAAAAAAUUAACAAAAGUUGAUAACAAUGAAUUUAGGAUUCCAUCAUCUAUAGGAUUUAUGAAACCAUCUGAAUAG